UGAAGCAAUUAAUUGCAACACAUGAACCGGAAAGGGAGGUUGUUUUGUUGACACGGGCCAACACGAAAAACAGAAGAGAACGUAAAUGAUUCAAAAAAUAUAAAUUAAUUCAAUCAACCAAUGAACUAUCCGUGUGCAAAGCUAAGCUUCUUGUAUGCCUAAACCCUAAAUUAGGGAGGUUUUGAGCACUCUGCCUCUUCUGCGACCACCUCGUGUAUCCCGAUGCCUACCCUUUGAGAGCAUCCCAGCACCCACUUCCUGAGGCCACCCGAUUUGCCCUGUUGUCAAACAGAGGGGAAGGGAGAAGCAGCAUCCGACAUGGCGGCCAAAGCAGGGGACAACCCCGACAGCCUCAUGGCGCUGUCCACGGCCUUCUGCCUGAGGAACCUGAGGAGGACCAUGUGCUACCUGGGAGACGGGAACAAGCUCUGCCUGCGCUCAGAUGUCUUCCUGCCCAGCGAGAUCUGUGACAAGCUGGUCAACACAUACAUGGAGCUCGUACAUUCGGACAGUAGCUUUGAGCCGCAGGACGGCUUCUUCCAGCUGUUCUCGGACCCGCGCAGCACCAGGCUCACCAGGGUGCAGCUGAGGGAGGACCUUGUGUGGGACAGGGACCUGGAGGCCAUUGGGAAACAGGACUUGAUAGAGCUUCACCUCACCUACUGCAACAGCCUAUCAGCACGCAGCCUAAAGACUCUGGCCAGCUUCCGCCAGACCCUAGUCUCCCUCAGCCUGUUCGGCUGCAGCCACAUCUUCUACCGCAAGGGUGGCGCCCCGCUGGCGUACAAUGAGGACGGCGAGGAGGAGGAAGAAGAGGAGCAGCAGUGGCCUGCCUCCAGACAGGCGCUGGACACAGACUUCAGCUUCCAGGGCUUCAACCGGCUGCGGCUGCUCAACCUGGGGGGUCUGCCUGAGGAGGUGGACCCCGAGGCCCUGCUCAAGCCCCUGCCAGCCCUCACCUCUCUGGACCUGUCCGGGGUGCAGCUGCCCAGGGCUGCCUUCCUGGCCCAGUGGAAGGAGAGGCUGGCCUCGCUGGUGCUCUACAACGUGGACCUGUCAGAAGAGCUGGUCAACACAGUGGUGGAGCUGGGACACCUCAGGCACCUGGAUAUCUCCCGAGAGCGCACCUCCAAGUUCAAAAUGACCCGUAAGAUCCUGACGGCCAUCGUGCAGGGCCUGGUCAAUCUGGUGUCAUUGGACAUCUCAGGCCACAUCAUGUUGGACAACUGCACAGUCCCACACCUCGAGGAGGCCAUGGGACGUCCAAGCAUUGAGCCCUGCAAGAGCAGCAUCUACCCUUUCCAGGAGCUGAAGAGACCUCUGCAGUUUCUGGGGCUCUAUAACACCACUCUUUGUAAUGUGACGCACAUCCCUGCGUACAAGGUCACAGGCUCCAAGAAUGAAGACCAGGUCCUGAAUGCCAUCGAGGCCUACACAGAGUUCCGCCCGGAGUUGGCCCACCGUGCAAUCAACCAGCUGUUUGACAUCGCCAGGAUACAGCACUGCAGCCAGCUACUGCGGGCACUGCAGCUGGUGAUUGCUGCACUGAAGUGUCAUAAGUACGAAAAGAGCGUCCAGGUGACGGGCAGCGCGGCCCUCUUCUACCUGACCAACACUGAGUACCGCAGCGACCAGAGCAUGAGGCUACGCCGGCAGGUCAUCCAGGUGGUGCUCAACGGCAUGGAGCAGUAUCAGGAGGUCACGGUUCAGAGGAACUGCUGCCUGACACUUUGUAACUUCAGCAUCCCCGAGGAGCUGGAGUUCCAGUACGGCCGGGUCAACCUGCUGCUGCUGAAGAUCCUGGAGCCGGCCCGGCAGGACGAGUCCAUCCAGCGCAUCGCUGUGCACCUCUGCAAUGCCCUGGUCUGCCAAGUGGACAACCAUCACAAGGAAGCUGUGGGCAAGAUGGGCUUCGUCAAGACAAUGUUGAAUCUAAUACAGAAAAAGCUACAGGACAGGAUGUGUGACCAGGUAAUGGAGUUCUCCUGGAGCGCACUGUGGAACAUCACUGACGAGACUCCAGACAACUGUCAGAUGUUCCUCAACUGUAGGGGCAUGAGCCUCUUCCUGGACUGCCUGAAGGAGUUUCCAGACAAGCAGGAGCUCCACCGUAACAUGCUGGGGCUGCUGGGUAAUGUGGCAGAAGUGAGGGCUCUGCGGCCACAACUCCUCACCCCACAGUUCAUCUCUGUCUUCAGUGACCUGCUCGACAGCAAGGCGGAUGGGAUCGAGGUGUCCUAUAACGCGUGUGGGGUGCUGUCCCACAUCGUGUUUGAUGGGCCAGAGGCAUGGGGAAUGGAGGAGCCGCUGAGGGACACGGUCAUGGACAAGAUGAUGGCUGCUAUCCAGAGCUGGGAUGUCACCUCCCGCCGGAAUAUCAACUACAGAUCCUUUGAGCCUAUCCUGCGCCUGCUGCCCCAGAGCAUCGCCCCAGUCAGUCAGCAUUGGGCCACGUGGGCACUCUUCAACCUGGUGUCAGUCUACCCGAGUAAGUACUGCCCUCUGCUGGUCAAGGAAGGGGGGAUCGUUCUCUUGGAGAAGGUGCUGGAGCUCCAGACAUCACACGAAGAGACCAAGGACAUGGCGCGGAAAGUGAUGGAGCAGUGUGAGAAUUUCAAAGAAGACCCAAUGGAAACGGCGAGGUAGACAACGAUCAGCAGAGGUCGACGUCAGGGGAGCAACACCGCUAUACAAACAAAAAGGCAACUUCAUAGGAACCAUUGUUUACUAUCUUCUCACCACAAGGGUCAGUUGUGUGCAUCGAUUUACUGUAGAGCAGAGCAACAGUUUUUUGCCUCUCGGCCAGCCUUUCUGGACAGAACCUUGUUAUGCGACACUAUUAGGAGGUUGAGAUAUGGUGCACGGAGUUGGUGUGUUUUAUUUGUGUUGCACAUGAUAAGCAUCAUUUGUAUAAUGGAUUUGUGUUCUCUUAUUGGUUUGUUUUGCUUUUUUGUGUGCGUGCUUGUCCUUGUCUGAAUGUGAGCAUGCUAGAGUGCGUGUGUAUGAGUGUGUAUGAAAGGACGUAUGUGCGUGCAUGUGUUUAUAAUAAGGUUCAAAACACUGGGGAGAUGUUUGCCUCUUUGUAAACAAAACGGAGGUUAUUAUUGUCUUUCUCUCCCCUUAGUCUGUUCUAUUGGGUCUAGUGAGAGGCCCUCCAUUAUAUAAGCUGAGUUUCCAACACAGCGUCAUCAGAGAGCUCCAUUAUGCCCAUCAUGAUCCUUCUCAGAUUCCUUGGUCCUCUCAGCGAUUUCUGACACAGAAAUUCUAAAUGGAUGACGCCAUGAGAUGUGGAAGGUGGUUAGUUUUAUCCCAUGCAGCACUGAUCUGUGGACAGUUAUUGCGCAGUGAAGUUGCUAUGUCUGUGGAGGCCUCUACAUCCCAUACUGAUUGAGAGCGUAACCGUGGACUGUAACCAUGACGAUGACCCCGGCAGAAGUCUUCCUAGAUCCUGUGGCAUGGUGAAGGACUUUAUUUAGUUUUUCGUUGUAGAUAUUUGGAGUUGUCUGUCCCAUCUUUGUUUCGGUCUGUCUGUUUUUAUGCUAUAUGAUUAUAAACACUCCUAUGAUUUAAUCUGUACAUCUAGGCUUGGUUCCCAAUUCUUUACAUACAGGUAACUGCCAAAAUAAAGAAAGCACUUGAGUAAAUUAGAGUUCUGAUGGCUCUUAUGGUGUGGGGUGCAUUUUCCUGACAUGGCUUAGGUCCUCUCAACCCUUUAGAGGGAAAGGUAAACGGCAAAAAUAUAUACACAGCCAUUCUGAGUGAUUACCUUCAACCUAUGGUGAAUAAUUUAUAUCCUGAUGGGAGUGGACUCUUCCAGGAUGACAAUGCCCCCAGCCACACACACGAGUGGUCACGAUGGUUUGAUGGGCAUGAAAACAAUGUAAGCCAUAUGCCAAAGCUGUCUCGGUCACCAGAUCUCAACCCAAUUGAACACUUAUGGGAGAUUCUGGAGCGGCGCCUGAGACAGCGUUUUCCACCACAAUCAACAAAACACCAGAUUUUGGGAUUUCUCCAAUGCAGCUGUUUUUAUCUCAAUAUAAAAUCAUUUCUUGAACUAUUUCUAAUUUCUCUAACUCAUUUACUGCAUGGUGAUAUUACCAUGGAAGGCCAAAACUCCAUCCCACCAAAAUAAGCAGACAUUUCUGGCGUUCUUUUCAAACAGCUCUUAAUGGGCAUUAUUUUCACAAUUUCACAGUAUUAUUCCAACCUCAUAGUGUGGAAAUAUGUGUAUAAUACAGGUCAGUCAUGUUUUAGAGUGCACUGGGCCUUUAAGACACAUGUUGGUGUUUCCUUUAUUUUGGCAGUUACCUAUAUAUAACCUGUGAAGAAGCCAAAUGAGAAACAAACCAGGGAGGACUACUGUUAGGGUUUUUGGAAUCUAUAAAAAUAUGCCCAUGUUCUUACAUUUUAAGGAACGUUUGAAGGUGGAUUUGAAAAAACAUGAUUUGAUUUUGUGUCUGUCAUGUAUAAAUUGUAAUUAAUCUCAUGGGUCAUAUUUGCAUUGGAAUUUGAUUUCUGAACAGUAUGGAGUAUAUGGAUACAAUGUCCUCAACUACAAAGUCUAAUUUCAUAUAUUUUGAUUUAACACAUUUAGGAAAACCUGUUACUUAUUUCAAUAGAGUUAGUUGCCAUGUAAAACAUAUUUGGCCCAACAUUUGCACAUGGUUUGGAUACAAAGGUAGUCAAGUGAUGUAGUGGUACACUUGGUCUCCAAACACUAGCAUGUUCACGCAACAUUCAUUCAAGAAACCAAUGCCAUGAUAUGGAAACACACAGCAUGCACCAAGUAUCUGUCCUCACACGUCCAACUUUGACAAUCUUCCCUUUUGAAUAUAUCUUAAAACCGAUAAUAUCCAUUGGUUUGGUCAGAACUGUACACUCAUUUCCCCGUCCAAAACUUGAUGUCAGUCGAUCUAAAUGUCAUUAGAAAAAAUACAACGUUCCAAACCAGACUGAUUGUUCAUUGAUUGAUCACUAGUGGCAGGGACGCAACUUUCACACCCCCAGUUUUGUAAUUGGAAUGUGAUACCAAAAGAGGCAACUGUGUGCUUUAAGACCAUGCGGACGCCUCCAAACGGUCGGGUAGGCUUUUUAGAGUGUUUAUCCGACUGGAUACAUUUUUGAUUUUUGAUUUUGAAAAAAUUGUGCUUUGAAAACCAAAGUUGCGCCCCUGUCUAGCGGUAUUAUAAUUUUGACAUUUCACAUGAAGGCCCAACAUGUUCAGACAUGGACUUUUCCUUCUGAACCAUUAGAUAUCAAAUUAAUGAAUUCACUUUUUCAUGUACAUUGUCUUAAAAGCCUUUUUCAUGUGAUUCUGUAUUUGUAUGCCUGGUUCAACUAUAUUUAUACUGUUCUUUCACAAUGAUGGUGGGAGCUUAUUUUCAAAUGGGAGGCCAGAAUGGGCAAGGCCUAUAGAAAAUGAAAAUAUAUUAUACUGUUAGAAACCUCACUUCGUAGUAAGUAUACUGAUGUUGGAAUCUCUAAUAUUCAAUCAAUGGGCAGAGUUACAUAGCACCAAAGGGAGGAUGGGUUGAUUUAUGUAGGUAUUUUAGGCUGCAGCAUCAGCUCUUUAGCACUAAAUUAACAUAUUACAUACGUUUUUAAAAAAUGUCACUAUUCAGUUGUAAAUUGUAGAGCAUCUGAAGAAAUGUAGGUAACACUUAUUUGACAUCUCUGUUCUAAGUCUCCAGAAGAGAGAUGCCUCUUCAUAAUAAUAGUGAUAUUAAUAUUAGGCCUAUAAAAUAUAGGCCUAAAUAUCUCAUUAACAGUCAUGUCAUCUGACACAAACUCCUCUAUAGGUAAGGUAGUCAAUUCCCAGCUAAUCAUGACUGUCAACUUAUUUUUCAUAAGCUACAGUCAGAUUUUAUGACUUCAUAUCUGUUAUAUCAUGCCCAUAACAAUAUAUCAUAUUACAGAGGUGUCAAGUGAAACCUACGGUCAAAAUGUGCAUAAUGCUCACACAGUUUGAUUUUCUUUCAAUAGCACCAUCAGUUCUACAUUUUAUUCCUUUCAUCUCAGAUUAAUACAAAAUAAAGUUGGAGUGGUUA